UUCACUGUCUGUAGGACUCUUGUUGUUUGGUAACUCAUUGACAGGACCAUUGCCAUUAGAUGUUGGAAGCCUGAAGGCUUUAAAAACUUUUGAUGUUUCGAAUAAUAAUUUAUCCGGUGAACUUCCUAAAACUCUUGGUGAUUGCUUGAGUUUAGAGUUUCUGAACCUUAGUGGUAACUCAUUCCAUGGAUCCAUCCCUUCAACUUUAGAGGAAUUGAAAGGUAUUCAAAACCUUGAUCUUUCUCGAAACUCCUUCUCCGGAAACAUACCCAAGUUCUUGGAGGAGUUGCAGUACUUGUAUUAUUUGAAUCUCUCUUUCAAUAGCUUCUCAGGAGAAGUCCCAAUGAAUGGAGUCUUUGCUAAUGAGAGCGGGAUCUCAUUGCUUGGAAACAAUCAACUCUGUGGUGGAAACAGAGUGUUGAAGCUACCACCAUGUUCUCAUUCCAAGAACAAAAGAUUACAAGUGCUUAUUCCAACAGUAGUCACAGCAUUCAUAUGUUUGGUUAUCUUAGUACUUUGUUUGCUGAAGCUGAAGAAGAAAAUCGACAAAGAAUAAUUCAGAGCUAGUGAAUUAUGAUCCACAACUUGUUAAGGUUUCUUAUGCUGAGCUUCUCAAAGCAACAGAAGGCUUUUCAAUGAACAACUUGGUUGGAAUUGGGAGCUUUGGGUCAGUGUACAAAGCAAUGCUAAAAUUAGUCGAAGAUGGUGUCGAGGAGACGAAGCUUGUUGCAGUGAAGGUACUGAACAUGAAACAAAGAGGAGCAUGCAAGAGCUUCAUCUCUGAGUGUGAGGCAUUGAGAAGCAUUCGACAUCGAAAUUUAGUAAGAAUUAUCACGGUUUGCUCGAGCAUUGAUUUCAAAGGCAGUGACUUCAGAGCUCUGGUUUAUGAGUUCAUGCCUAAUGGCAGUCUUGAUCACUGGCUACAAUCAAAUGAAAAGAAGUUGAGUUUUAUCCAAAGACUCAACAUCAUGAUUGAUGUUUCUUCGGCUUUGGAGUAUCUUCAUCAUCAAGGGACUACUCCGAUAAUCCAUUGUGAUCUUAAGCCGAGCAAUAUUCUUCUCGACGAGGAAAUGUCAGCUCAUGUCGCCGACUUUGGGCUAUCUAGAUUUGCCGCAUUGAAUGGCAACUCAAGCUCAACUUCUUUGAGAGGAUCCAUUGGAUAUGCUGCUCCAGAGUAUGGAAUGGGAAACAAAGCAUCAAGUGAGGGAGAUGUUUACAGCUUUGGAAUACUUGUGCUGGAGAUGAUGACAGGGAUGAGUCCAACUGGGAAUAAGUUCAAGGAUGAAUUGAGUUUGAGGAAGUGUGUUUGUGAUGCAUUGCAGGAAAGAGUUUGGGAUGUUAUAGAUUCAAAACUCUUUGAAGAUGAAGAUGGAUUUGUGAAGGAUUGCAUGGUUCCUGUGCUGAAAAUUGGGAUUGAUUGCUCUGAGGAAAAUCCAGUGAAGAGGUUGCAAAUGGGAGAUGUUUCUAAGGAAAUGCAUGCUAUUAGAAAUGGUCUUCUUCUUGUGACCGGUCUUCAUGGCAGGUCAUGA